CACAGAGUUCAGUUCUCAGUCAACUUAGACGUUACUUCCUAUAAAAAUGGAGUCAGAGAGACCCAUAAUCCUAAAGGAAGAGCUCUUGCUCCUGUUGUUUGGGACUUUUAUGAGGUUUGUUAACAUCGAUAGUACUACAAUAAUGUAGCAUAUGUACGCCACUUAUAGCUGUCCAUGUAGGAGUAAUCUUACUGAGGUGUCCAUCUUGUAGAGGUGUCUGUUAACAGAGAUUCGACUGUACAACCUUUCUGUCAUUGACAUCGAAGGAGUUUGAUUUUUCAGAGGAGGGUGGCAAGAAGGGCGGGUGGAUGGGUCUCCUAGUUCAAAACAUCAAGGUUGAGAGGGUAGUGUCGCGGUGUGGGGUGACUUUUUCCAACACUCUUUCGACAGGGCAGAUCGGAAACUAACCUUUUUAAAUUAACUAUCAUUUUCAUCAGAUGAAUAUGUCAGAUUUUAGUUUGACUAAAUUUCCUGCUUGGUUUUAGAAUGGCUGUUCUGUAAGACUUCUAAACCCACAAGCAUUUUCUCAUUCAGUUUGGAAGUUGACUUCACUUUUACAAGAAUACUUUGGUUGCUUGGUUGGUGCAAAUGUGUAAGGAUGUCUUUCAACAUGUUAUUUUUUUUCUGUGUUGUGUUUAAAUAUAUUAUAAAUUUCAACUCCAAAACUUUUGCCUUUGGAUCAAUCUAUAGUAGCUAGUGUGAAUCAUAAUCUUAAAUUUUAAUUGUGCCUGAAUGAAAUUUAGGCUAAGUUAAACUCAGGACAUGGCUCGCCAGUAGUCUCUCGUCAAAGGUAUAUGUGGAGGCGUCCUGAUCAUGUCACUGGGGCUCAUGGGUCUUUUUACAGCCAUUCUCUUGAGGUCAGGCCAUUACAUUUGCACAUAGUGGCUCGUGAUUUCCAAGUGUUUUUACUGUUCCCUACCCUUCCCUCCCUAUGAAGGUAAGUAUGUCAGGUUGCACUGGUUAGCAGUGUGAUGGUGCCUGGAUCAUAAUGGUUGCCACUCCUAGGGUUGCCAAGGUUACACAUUGCACUUGGCUGCAGUUUGGGGCUCCACCAGCCCUACAGGCACCUCUCCCCACACUCAUCUCUGUUGAUCAGUUUUUUUAAGUUCAAAUGAUCUAUUCUUUCUCUUUCCAGUUACCUAACUCCACCAGGUUCUCAAGGAUUUGCUCCUCAUUAUGAUGACAUUGAAGCUUUUGUCGUACAGCUGGAGGGCAAAAAACACUGGAGGCUCUAUAACCCCAGGUUAUCAUAAUCUUAAAACAUAUUAUUGGAUGAGGCUGAGUCUGCAAAAUACUUCAGAUCUUGUGAAAGUUGAAUCCAAUAAUAAUUGUUGCAUUAUUUAUGCAUUAUUCCUACUUUAAACAUGCUUACUAAAGGUAUGAUUGAUGUUAAGUUUCCAUCUUCAUGGUCUGUUCCUCAGGAUAUAACGGGAUGCAUGUUUACUCUGGCAGAUAUUAUUCAACAGUUGUCAUCUUUUGAGUUGUAUUUUUGCUGUUUUGCUAUGUUUUUUUUGGCUAUUUUUAUUUCUUCUACACAAAGCAUGUUGGAUUUUUUCAUCAUUUUCUACCAAGACAACAGUUAAGCUAAUGCAACCUCGUACUCUUCAGGGUUUCUCUGUUGCCAUCCCUUUUUUUGGCAAUGGUCUGCACUAGUGAUGCCUUUGUAAUAAAUGUUAUGAACUGAGUCCAAAUUAGAGGAUUUGUGUGGAGUUAUUGGAGCAUAACUGAGUGAAUGUCUCAGAGACAAUUUGCCUCAGAAUGCUAGUUUUUGGCAAGUUGGAUCUUGGUCUUUCAUAAUAUCCCAGCAAAUCCCAUAAUUUCAAAAAUUUAAUUUUUUAUGAUGUCACACUCAAGGUUUGUUUUUAUUGUUCUUCAGAAACGAUACAGAAGCCUUACCUAGAUAUUCCAGUGGUAGGUUUUUUUGAUAUUGUGACUGAAACCUUCACCCGCCAGUAUAUUAUUAUUUUAUGAAUUUAAAGUUCUAUUGAUCAGUGAAAUUUCCUAAAGUACUGGUUUAUAGAGGAGCUCCACACGUGCUCCCAUAUGCGUAGCCCCAUAGCUAAGAAAAUUUGUUAAUCUGUCGGUCAUCCGGGAAAUUCUCUUGGUAGUAAUGUGGCUGUACAUCCCUCUUUCUGUCCACACCAAAGGUCACACAAUGUGAUGAAAUGGCACACUAUCUGGCUAGUAUGGGAUGCAACCUGAUACUGCACAUCCAUGUUAUGGUCAAAUAUUAUUAUUGACAGCUGUCAAAACAGGGUAUCUGCUGAACAGUAUCACAUGACCAUAUCGCUGGCUCAGGGUUGACCCAUUGUAGUUAAGUAUUUCUUUGGAGUUUUCCGCUGACAAGUUACUACUUUUUAACUGAUGGCAGGCUCAAGUCCAAUUUUUUUCAACAGGAAAGUUAGAGUUUAAGUUAAAAUACAUUCUUUUUGUUUGACAUAUAAAUUUAUUAACAGGAGCGUUGCUUUCAGCCUCGCCUAAGUCUUUAUAUUUAAAAGUAGGUUGAGUUUGAUCGUCCAGGUGAAGUCAGAUAGUCCUGAAUAGGACUGUUGUUGUUGACAGUUACUGACGUCAGUCACUGUCAACAACAACAGUCCUAUUCAGGACAACGUUCACCCGGACGAUCAAACUCAACCUACUUUUGAAAUGACUCCUGGGUUCAAACUUUUCACAGUCUUUAUAUUUAAUUUAUUAACUUACUUAUUUUGUUAGGUAAUUUCAGCCAGGAGGAAAUUGGAGAACCCAUUCUUGAUACAGAGUUGGCUGCGGGAGAUGUCUUGUAUUUUCCAAGAGGAACAAUUCAUCAGGUUUGUUUCGUUAUCUUCUGCUUAAGCUUUUAGGGUGCUACUUGGUAAACCAAAGAGCCACUGUUUAUGUAUUACACAUCACCGCUAGAUUAUUGAAUGAAUGAUACUGAAAUGUUAAAAGAGGGUAGAUCUUGAGCUGUCAAGAAAUACAUUUCGAAGAAACGUGUAGCUUUUACUGUUUCUUUAUCGUUAGAUAGAAUUUAAGUAGCUGUGACACGAAAUUUAACAACGUUCAGACACUAGGAACUGCCACUAAAUUGAAUGAAACUUAAAAAUAACUGCUCAAAACAUCAAAAGAAGGUAUAAAUAACUUUAACAGCAAAUACAAAAGAAGGGACAGAUUUUCAAAUACUCUUUAAAAAAAAUCCGAAGCUACUUAAUAUACUUCUGCAUGGGCACAAGUCAGUUCACAUUCCUUAGAAACCUUGAGGUCCACAGAUGCGUCAGUCGCAUGUUAUUUUUUUCUUGAAACAACAUUUUUUUUGACGAUCUGUCUGUUUCAUUCCAUCUGUUUUAAGCUGUUUUAUUUUCCUUAUUUAGGCUGACACUCCAAGUGAUACCCAUUCCCUGCACAUCACGCUGUCAACUUACCAGAAGAAUGCUUGGGUUGAUUUUAUGGAAAAGGUCUGUACUUUACUCAGUAAACCGGCGCUUUCACUCCCAAAAGUAGUCAAAGUCAAACUUCAACAAAAUUUCCUAAAUUUCAUUUUGUGAAACGCUGAAAUAAAAUUAGUACCAUGUGAAAUUUCUGCCAAAGUGGUCUCUUAUUAGAGAGCUUUAGAUUCUAAGACGAAAACGGCAUCGAGAACGAGAUUUUCUCAAUACUAAGUAGUUCGCGCGCGCGAACCAUCGUCAUUAUGGCGGGAAGUGUGGUAUCCGUCGUCAUUCUACUACGAGUUUUAACGAAAAUGUCGUAGUGGCAAAAACAAGGUAUCAAAUGUUAGGAGUUUCAUCAUUUAGCGAUCGGGAGGGGGCUUUACCUCCUUCAAGGGAAAUAAGCGUACUAACUUUUGUGGUAAAAAAAAGUACAACGAAGCUUUCCGGGGAGUCUAUUUUUAGAGAAUACGCGAGAAAACUUAAAAUUAAAAAUUAAAUGUCGUCCUCGUCCUCGAACCUGAAGCUCUCUAUUAAUCGUCACACGACAGGAUUUCGUCCAUAGACUCAAAAGUUAAAACCACCCUACUAGCCGAGAGAGACUUCUUCAUUCACUCUGGGAUUGUAAGGUUAAAGAUUUUCCAAAACAUCCGUUUUGUAACUGAAUUAUUGUAAAGCGCGCCGCAUUAAAAGUCAGAAUUGCACAGUAGGCCUUGUACUAAGAGUAAUACUCGCCAAAUAAAAGUACGUUCGACACCUGCGGCAGCAGCUGUAAACUUACCACAGGUGGAGCUCACGAGUUUCUGCCAUAUUAAAUCAGACGAAGGUCUCUUUGGAAAGUGUACAGCAGCUGCUUUCACAAAAAAAUUAUGCUUUUGCCGUUAGCACAGUGGAAAUUCUUGAGAAAUAGAUGAAGUGUUACUCGAUGCACUAGAAGCAGAUGAUACGUGAAAGAACUGUGAUCGAAAACGAGACAAAAUAAUACAGUGGAACCUCGAUAUAACGAAGGCCAAGGGACUAACGACGUUUCAUUAUAUCGAGGUUCUUUUUCACAUAUAUUACUAUUAGUUGGGUAAAGAAUGUCAUUCGUUAUUCCGAGGACGUCGUUAUAUAGAGGUUCGUUAUAUUUAGGUUCUACUGUAUGACGUUAGUGGUCUGCAAAGGUUUGCCAUGUUAAAUGCUAGUGUGAAAACUAUGACCCAGCCGCUGCGAAAAAACAAGCCAAUAUGGCCAAACGAUUGUCCGUCAAGUGAAAUCUCAAAUUUUCUUACUGUGACUCGCAGGAACCCCAACAAAAGACUCUAGAUUAGAAUUGCGUUCUACUGCGUCGGACGCAACUAUUUUGUAGAAUGUUAAAACUGUAAUAAGUUAUUUUAAAUUUGUUUUUAGUUGAUUCCAGGAGCACUGCAAACCGCAUUCGAGGAGGAUCUUGAGUUCCGUCAGGGUUUGCCACUUAAUUAUCUCGACUAUAUGGGUGUGGCAAAUUCAGAGUUGGUAAGCUUCCGUGGGUACUGCCAUGAAGGGUAUGGUUUUCAAGCAGAUUAGUCUGGGAUAGGGUAUACAAAUCAGAAACGUUAGGUUUAAAAUAGGGCUCACUUUCCAGGAAAGUGGUCAAUGGGUUGAAAAUUUUAGUCUAGAUUAGGAAUGCCGGGAAUUAAUACUUAAAAAUAUGAAAUCUGCAAUUGAAAUUUGCCUGCAACUUAAUUUAACAGCAAAGAAAGCAUCGACCUCCAUAGUUUGUGGAAAAUAACGACUCAAGGAUAGGGAGGGAGUUUGGGAGUUAAAUCUUAGCAAAAUUCAGCUGAACUAGCUCAGGUAUAUAUAGGCUAAGGGUUCCGGGUCCCGGCGGCACAUCCCCACUCAAGUUGCUGAUAGUGAAGAUGUGGUUUAUGCUACGACUGAAUAAUUGUCACAAAAGAAGGGGGGGGGGGGGGGGAACUUACGGGUUUGGGGUGGGGAAGGGUGGGAAAAAACAAAAUUUUUUUUCCCUGGGUGGAAUUGUGAUUUUGUGGAGUAUAAACUUGAGAAAACUCGGGCGGAAAGCCCAACGGAUAAGUGGGGCUAGGGGGUGGGGGCCCCGGGGCACCACCCCCCCCAAAGUGGGUGAGGGGGGAUGGGGGGUUUGUGGCACGAUUGAAAAUGUUGCAAAAAAGGGGGGGGGGGGGGGGUGAACUUACGGCUUUGGAGUGUGGAAGGCUUAGUACAAACAAAAUUUAUUUUCCCGUGGUGGCAAUUGUAUUUUCGGUGAGAUUAGGGAGCUUAAGCAACCACUUUUGCGAUGGUAACGAGAGCGGCAAAAAGCAGUAAUAUCAGUAAAACAACAACUCUGCACGUGCACCACGGUUUUUGUACAUUCCUUUGCCGUCGUCCCUCCACUGCAAUGAGUACGACUUCCAUUACACCAUUUCCGAGUUUCAAAAACUCUCACUUUCAAAACAAGGCUUCGUGCAAAAUCUUUCCUUGGAAAAUUGGUUUAAAUCGCAUGAGAAUAAAAAAUCAUUUUCAUAUCAAUAGCUUCGCGAUUAGCGUCGCUUUGAAACAGAGGCUUGGGGCAGGUUUUGAUGUUGUGGUUGCUUACCGACUGAGUAGGUUUUCCUUUGCGUUUUUACAUUGUUAGCAUCGCGUAUGACUAUUAUUUCUUAGAAAUUAUUCUUCUUGUCAUUUUUUUUAGAGCAACAAAGAAAGAACAGACUUCCUCAGGAAAGUCGAGAAACUGAUGAUGAAAUUAGCAUCGCAUGCUCCAGUGGAUGCAGCUGCUGACCAGGUAUACUGGGUGACUUUUGUCUUUAACUUCGACCAGUCCAUGAAGACUGGCAGAGCAAAAACUUCAAAACAGAAAGUCUUUUCGGCUAAUCUCGUAAAAGAGAAAACUACUUGAUUCUAAACUGCUUCUUAGAUGUAUCUAUUUCAAGGAAAAAUAGUCAAAGUGCUUCCUUAAACUUUUUGGCCGAAAAUAAACGAUAUUUUUUGUUGUUCUUCUCUUCUGCAUAGAUGGCUGUUGGCGUCCUUCGUGAUUGCUUACCCCCAGUUUUGACAGCAGGUAAAAGAAGAAACGGUGAUAUUGACUUCAUUUAACAAGUAUUUCCUCCCUUGGAUUCCACUUGUUUUGUUUCGUCGCCGUGGGAUUUUAAGCAACGAAGGCGACGGAGGUGGCAAAAAAGUGAAUUCAGGCUGUUUCAAAAUUCUUCGCUCUUAUUCCUGAUAGUUCUAUUUGUCAAAUUUUGAUGAACUUUUCUGGGGUUGAAUUCUAAAGGACUUUGUCUAGGUUUAAAAAAAAAAUGAUAUUAAGCACUUCCAAGUCUUGGUCGUGCGAUGACCGCGAAGAAAUGUAAGAAAAAGUGUGAUGCACGUGCAAAGUUGUUGUUUUGCUGAUCGAAACCUAUUGCUUUUUUGCCGUUCUUGUUACUGUCGUCGUUCGUUCAGAUGUGAUUGCUAGGUUAGCGAUAUUUUUCGAAAUAUUUUUUUGGAGGUCGGGGGACCCCAGGUGGGUGAAGUAACCGCUUAGCUUAGGUAACCCGCCUGUCCAUAUAAUCUUUCAUUUCAAUUUGAUCACGUUUACGUGAUAGGUGGGGUGACCAUAUGAGAGAUUAUAUGGACAGGCCGGUUACCUCUCCCAUCUGGGGUUCCCCACCUCCACGUAAACAGGCUCUUAAAGAUCCGACGACCUAUGAGUCCCGUUCGUGCACAUUCCCUCUGGGCAGGACUGUGUCCAGAAAAGCUGGUAAAUAAAACAACAACUUUGCACGUUCAUUACCCUCUGUUGCCUGUUUUUGCACGACUACGACGUGAGGUUGCCUACUUUUAUGUACUAAGGAGUACGUAAACAAGUGACUACGGAAUUUUUAUUUGUUUGUCUGAAAUUGGAUAUGGUUCCUAGAAAUUCAAUUUCAGAGGGGUUCGCCUACAUGUGACAAAGUAAUUGUCAUAAUUGGGUAGGAAUAAUCGCGAGGAAGACUGAAAGAAGACAAACUCACUUUUUAAGCAACGUUUUCGCUGCCAUCGCUUCCUUGGACCGUACAGUCCCUAUUAUCAUCAUCGCCGAUAUCACAGUUCUGGUUAUCAUCAUCAUCAUCGUUAUCAUAUUAUCACCAUCGUCGUCACAAUUAUCAUUUCGUGUUAUUAUCUCAUCAUCACCAUUAUCGUUGUUUCGUUAUCGUUACUGUCUUUCAUUAUUAAUAUCGUUAUCUUUUCGGAUCGAAUUUUGUUGAGGUUCUCUUUUCCAACUGCUUAAGGAUCCAGUUGUUCCGGGUAUUUUCUCAGUUAACUAUAAUCCUGGCCAAAGAUCCUUGAAACACCCAUACAUUUCCCUUUCCCUCUACAAUGUUCAGAUGUGAUUGCUAGGUUAGCGAUAUUUUUCGAAGUGUUUCAAGGUUUCUGUCCGAGAUUGUGGCUUUUUGUUUAUGCUGUUGGCUUGUUCUUAGCAGAAACAAGUAACAGCAUUUUUGGAGGCGAAUCUUCAUGGAACGACGGCAAGAUUUCUGACAAAGUUGUAAUUGACGAAGAGACCGAAGUUAGGAUCAUACGAAAAGGGGUUGCAAGGUACGAACGUUUAAAGUAGAUUUCUUUACAUUUAGAAAGCUGACGUCAAAUCUAACUGUACAUCAACUCAAUGUCGCAUAGAGUGUUUUCACUCACGUGGCCAGUAUCUAUGCAAAUUUAUUGGAACAAAAGAAAGCGUUUACACGAAAAAAGAGUUCGACUCACGAAGCAUUGGUUUGGAACACCAACAUGGCUGCCGUUUCAUUGUUUGGGAACACCAAUAUGGCCGCUAUGAGCUCAUUUGAAAACGCUCCAUAACGCUGUUUCACUUGCAGAAAACCCACUCGAAGAUGCUCGAUUGUUUUUCUUCAUCUUUUUGUGGGUAUGCGGUUUUGUUUUCGCGGCGAGGANUCGUUAUCGUUACUGUCUUUCAUUAUUAAUAUCGUUAUCUUUUCGGAUCGAAUUUUGUUGAGGUUCUCUUUUCCAACUGCUUAAGGAUCCAGUUGUUCCGGGUAUUUUCUCAGUUAACUAUAAUCCUGGCCAAAGAUCCUUGAAACACCCAUACAUUUCCCUUUCCCUCUACAAUGUUCAGAUGUGAUUGCUAGGUUAGCGAUAUUUUUCGAAGUGUUUCAAGGUUUCUGUCCGAGAUUGUGGCUUUUUGUUUAUGCUGUUGGCUUGUUCUUAGAAGAAACAAGUAAAAGCAUUUUUGGAGGCGAAUCUUCAUGGAACGACGGCAAGAUUUCUGACAAAGUUGUAAUUGACGAAGAGACCGAAGUUAGGAUCAUACGAAAAGGGGUUGCAAGGUACGAACGUUUAAAGUAGAUUUCUGUACAUUUAGAAAGCUGACGUCAAAUCUAACUGUACAUCAACUCAAUGUCGCAUAGAGUGUUUUCACUCACGUGGCCAGUAUCUAUGCAAAUUUAUUGGAACAAAAGAAAGCGUUUACACGAGAAAAGAGUUCGACUCACGAAGCAUUGGUUUGGAACACCAACAUGGCUGCCGUUUCAUUGUUUGGGAACACUAAUAUGGCCGCUAUGAGCUCAUUUGAAAACGCUCCAUAACGCUGUUUCACUUGCAGAAAACCCACUCGAAGAUGCUCGAUUGUUUUUCUUCAUCUUUUUGUGGGUAUGCGGUUUUGUUUUCGCGGCGAGGAGGAACACUAUAUGGUGGGCCAACAUAACUUGACAGUUCCCAUUAUGAUCUCUUGGUUGUGCUUAGAACAAACGAAAAUAAAAGUAGAACUUAAGACAGAUUUGAUCAGCCCCAUGUAUAUACACAAGAUUAAUUUUCUAAUAUGGCAAAUAAAAUAAAAGUACAAACUUCGAUAUCAGAUGUAACGCUAGAAUAAACACGUGGAUGUCUAACCUUUUGCUGGCAUUGAAAAAAAGGCCAGUAUCUUCCAUGUAUUUCAAGUUAAUAAUUGUUCUUACUAUAUAACUGAGUUUAUUUCUGUUGAUGUCUUUCCAGGCUGGUUGUUGAAGGUGAAGGCGUAAACGUUUAUCAUACAUUAGGAAAUUCUCGAGUGUAUCACGAGUGUGAGCUGGACAGUUUAGAGCUUGGCUUGGAGGUAGAGUGGAACCUUUUUCUGAUGAUCAGGUUUUCCUUUAUAAACUCAAGAAAAUGGCCUCAUCUUCCUAAGAUACACCACUCGCAUAUCUCCCAUAAGGCACCUUAUUUGCCCCCCCCAAAAUUUUGCAUAACCUUUGUUUUUCAUCUCCCCUGGGUAUUACACCCGUCUCAAGAGAAACUGAAAACAAUGCUUAUGCAAAAUUUUGGGGGCAAAUAAGGUGCAUUAUGGGAGAUGUGCUAUACUUUGUAAAUACAUACAACAGAUACAGACUUACCCGUUUACAACUUUCGUCAACACGUGAACGAUAGUUAAACUAGCAUUUUCGCUUACCCUAGGGGAACAUGUUUGUAAACGUAGAAGUAUUGUUUUUCUGUGGACAGCGGUAAACGCAUGAGUUGAAAACGUUGGUUAACCUUUAUUGCUAAAUUAAGCGGUUCGUGUGGGCAUGUGCAUAGACACUGUGAAUGUUUACUUCGAACUAUCGAAUUUGAUACACAAGUAUAGUUUUGGGAUCGCACACUUGCGAAGGUUUACAAAAGCGAAUUCCCAGUUUUGUUAGCCGGUGGUUAUAGCACUCGCCUCACACCAAUUUGGCCUGGGUUUGAUUCCCGACGAGGACGCCAUAUGUGGGUUGGGUUUUUCCGUUGGUUCUCUCUCUUGCUCCGAGAGGUUUUUCUCCGGGUACUCCGGUUUUUUUCUCUCCCCAAAAAACAACACUUGCAAAUUCCAAUUCGAUCUGGAACGCUCGGGGACAUUUUAAUGAGUUCUUAAGAAUUCCCAAGUGCUUCACGGGGAAACAAAUAGACCUUGUCACGGUUUUGGAAGCCAUUUUGACUAGUGAAAUUACAGUGUUUGUAUGAGAAUCUAAUUUUUUCAGCAGAAUCGUUAGGAGUGAAGCUUUAGUUUACAAUUCAUACGUUUUUCAGAACAGCCGUUUUACGGAAUUUAUUCGACAAUAGAUUGUCAUACAAACACUGUAAUUUCUCCCGCGGUUGCCUACUCGUCAAGAUGGCUUCCAAACCGUGAUAAGGUCUAUUAUAAUUACACUUACAGUAAGCUGAAAUGUAGGUUUUGGUUGGAAGAGUAAGGUGUAUAAUUCAGGUGAAAAGCCUUGCUGGGAUGGAGUAUAAUAAAGUAUGUAUGUAUGUAUCACUAUAAGAUUCCGGAAAAAUUGCCCACCUACAUGUAGGUGGGCAAUGAAACUUCAUGGUCAUCAUUUCACCUCGGCCUCUUUGUCAAAUGUUGCCAAUUUUUCCUGGAGAUGAAUAGUUAGGGGCCGCAUUCAAGUUCCAGAAAAAAAACAAAAGAAAAUGUCCACAUCUUAUGCUUACGUUCGUUCACCUCCCCCACAAAACUUGGCGUGAGCAAAUUUCACGCCGUUUUGUUCAGAGAUCAGGACAGCAGUGUACCAACAAUUUGCCACCAGAAGCCAGAAGAAAACUGGGCGUAGGCUUUGAUAAAUUGUCCUCGAAAAAGUAGCAUAGUACGCUACUAGCAGUGCUCGCAUAUUUAUAAAAUUAUGCGAUAAUUAUGCUAGUUUUUGUAAAUUAUGGUCAUUUUAGACAAAAAUGCAGAAAUAGGCCACUUCCGAGUUCCCCCGGGUGUCUGUAUCAAAACGAGGUUAAGUGCUCAACCUUUGAUAUAGAAAUGAUUUUUCAUUCUCAUGCAAAUAAAACUCAUUAACGAUCCCAGAAACAAUUGCGGCAGGCAUUUCGGCUCCAGUUACCUUCUCGUUUCGAAAGAAGCAAAUUGUGAUGCACGUGUCAUGCACGUGUAAAGUUGCUGCUUUGUUGUUGUUGUUUUUUCCCCUUAUCUAUAUUCGCCGUUUUCGGGGAUUUUCUCAGUGAAACCAGCAAACUUUUUCAUUUUUUUUCCUGUGUUCCUAGGCUGGUCCAGUAAUAGAGGUGAUAUUGAACCGUCACCCGGAAUAUAUCAAAGUGAAAGAUUUGCCUCAUGAUGAUAAGGACUUCAAAGUAAGC